CGCGUCAAACCGAUCGAAUAAGAUACUACAGCCAAACGUUCGUCCAUGUUUAGGCUGUGGAGAAGGCGAUAGCUAUUUCACGAGACAAGACGUUUAACCCGAUCCUAUCGCCAGCUCCAUUAUUAUUACGCUCUGCAUUUUCGUCAGCUCUACUCAUCAUUCUCCUCUGAAGAACCUUAGAAAUCUCGUAAUUGGCUGUCCUACAUACCCAAUCGCGGCGGCAAGUUUUUUCUGGUAUUGCAGAGCAUGGAGAAGCCGUCUUGGCCUUCGGAGAAACAGCUUAAUAGAAUCAAGGCAAUUGUUUCGGAAAUGUCCAAGAGAAGUAUGGAGGACGUUCGCAUAGUUGUCUCUCCGUAUCGCAUUUGUCCACUGGGAGCUCAUAUUGAUCAUCAGGGUGGGAAUGUUUCAGCGAUGGCCAUAAAUAAGGGAGUGCUUUUAGGAUUUGUUCCUUCUGGCGAUGCUCAGGUUGUACUCCGUUCAGCUCAGUUCAAAGGAGAUGUUAACUUCAGAGUUGAUGAAAAACAGUAUCCAAAUCACUCUAAUAACAAGAAGGAAGAGACCAUUGCAAAUGGUCAUGCUAAAUUGGAGGGGGAUAAUAACUGGGGAAGGUAUGCUAAAGGAGCAUUAUAUGCACUACAACAAAAAGAGCAUUGUCUUUCUCAGGGUAUAGUAGGAUAUAUUUGUGGUUCUGAUGGUCUUGACAGUUCAGGCCUCAGCUCUUCUGCAGCUGUUGGAUUGGCUUACUUGUUAGCGCUGGAAAACGCUAACAGUUUAAAAAUAUCCCCCACAGAAAAUAUUGACUAUGAUAGGCUAAUUGAAAAUGGAUACUUGGGUUUGAGAAAUGGCAUACUGGACCAAUCUGCAAUAUUACUUUCAAGCUAUGGUUGUCUAUUGCAUAUGAACUGCAAGACUAAGGAUUUCAAGCUUAUACGCCCACUUGAUAUGGAAAGCAGUCUAAAAUCUGAGACGCAGAAGGAAUACCAAAUUUUAUUAGCAUGUUCAGGAUUGAAGCAGGCUUUGACAAAUAACCCUGGAUAUAAUUACCGCGUUGCCGAGUGUCAAGAGGCUGCGAAAAUUCUUCUGAAUGCGUCUGGCAAUUCGCAUCUGGAGCCACUCCUUUGUAAUGUUGAACAGGAAGCUUAUGAAGUUCAUAAGUCGAAAUUAGAGACAAACUUGGCAAAAAGAGCAGAGCAUUAUUUCUCAGAAAACACGCGGGUCUUACAAGGACUCGAAGCUUGGGCUUUAGGAAAGUUGGAAGACUUUGGAAAACUCGUUGCGGCUUCUGGGCGAAGUUCAAUUGUAAACUACGAAUGUGGUGCGGAGCCACUGGUUCAACUAUAUGAGAUCCUCUUGAAAGCACCAGGAGUAUGUGGAGCGCGGUUCAGUGGUGCUGGAUUUAGAGGGUGUUGUAUCGCUUUCGUAGAUGCGGACUAUGCUGCUGAAGCUGCAGAAUUCGUGAGGAAAGAGUAUCAGAAGGUGCAACCUGAGUUAGCUGCGCAGAUAAACCCCGAGACGGCCGUGUUGAUUUGUGAGCAAGGCGAUUGUGCUCGUAUCCUUUGAGCCACUUCUCCUUUAUCUAUUCGUUUCAUUCUUUCUAUACUCUAAAGAUUUGUAUCUUGUUUGUUCAUGACAUUUUUACAGGCAAGGAGGCAGCUUCUUGUAAGUACUUUUUUGACAUUGAACUUGCGAAUGCAAUAAUAAUAAUAAUAAAUUUGAUUGAUAA